AUGUCAGACCUACCCGGCUCCCUCAGAACUCGCCAAAAGUCUUUCCUCCGAAGCAUUUGCACUCGACAAAGUUACAGCCGUGCAUCAUCAUCACCAGCUUACAACGAGGACGCCAUAACUCCGUGCCCGGUCGAAUCAUCUCACGACGACGGACACACACCGCUCUCCAGAUCAUCCUCAUCAAGCUCACUACGAAGCACAAGAUCCUUGAGAUCCAGCAUCGAAGACAUGAGAGACUACAACGACAUCGACACCCAGCUCCUCUGGCGGCGUAUGCUUGCCAUUCAUCGCACCUUCGGCUGCUAUAACUCGACACGGAUGAACAUUGCGAUUGAGAUGGGCGAGCAGAACGCUUCUGUCCCGUCACGAGUAUGUCUGGACUUGCUCAAUGACAGCAUUGACAAACUCCCCAGCGACAUCAAGCAGCGAAUCGAAGACUUUCUCGCAUGCGAAGAUGUCUCUAGGUCGUCAGCGUCUUGCAAGAGGAAAUGGAGUUGGAGGCAUCUUUUGCAUGCUUGA